AUGAAGAAAUUCUUUGGAUUUGGUAAGAAGGAAGAGACAGAGGAAAAGCCUCAAACUCCUAUUCAAGUGAUAUGUCAAAAUGAUACAAAUAAUGCUGAAGUAUUGUGUGAUUGUAAAGGUAUAGUACUCUGUGAGGAUUGCGUAAAGGAUCAUGUUGGAAUGGAUCAUAGAAAAACGCCUAUAGCUGAGAUUGGAAAGACAUUAGGGCCAUUACUAAACAAGAGGUUAACUGAGUCAGACUAAUUUUAUAAGAAUUAUAAAUCAACUGAAAGUGGCAAGUUCUUUGAAGCUUAUGUGAACUUUUUUGAGUAAUGUAAAGAAGCAGCUCUCAUGUUAAGAGAUCAUUAUGAUAAAGAAGAUCCUUGGAGUAAAACUACUCCACAUCUAGCAAAAUUCGUAGAAGGUUUCGAGUAACUCAAGUAGUUUAAAACCAGAUACAAUAAUGUACUUCAGAAAGAUGCUAGAUUUUAAAUAGAAUCGUUUAGAGAUUUUAAUGAGAUCGCUAAAAAGAUGGAUAAGAGCAGAGAGGAUUUGUUUAAUAACGGAGGGAAGUCGAAUAAAAUUUUCAGUAUAGAUUAUUAAAAAGAUCAUACAAAAUCAGAUAUAAAAAAUUAUCUAAAUGCGAUGUUCCUUCAGAUAUUCAGACCUGACCUGGAUGUUGAUAUCCCAGGUGCUCCAAAUGGAGGUAAGAAAAAUAAGUAGCAGGUAUAAGGCUACUAAGGCCCAGAGUUUCAACCAUUGGUAAGAGCUCCAAGACCACCGAAAGAUAAUUAUUUCAUGCCUGAGUAAUCAUUUGAUGAGGAUACAAUUUUUAUGAUGCCAGAGUUGGAAGAGGAAUUCGAUGUUUCUGAGGGAAAUACCUUUAAAGGUCAUGUAGGGCCAAUUAGAGAUUUGAUUAAGAUUAAUCAUCAUGAGUUUAUUUCUUGUGAUGAUUCAGGCUAGGUCAUAGUUUGGAAUAAAAAAGAUAAUAAAAUGAAGGGAUUUUCACUGAAAUCAAUCGGCUCCAAAGUAAUAGAAUCUAUUUUAAGUCUAACACUGACUGAUGAUCGUGGUAAAUAUUUGGUUUGUGGCAUGAAACAUGGGCAUCUACUUAUUUACAACAGAUCAAAAGGAGGUAAAAAAUUGAUAAGAGAUGCAGUUAAAAAGUAAGCAGAUGUAGUGGCUGUUACAGAUUUAGAAAUGCUCAAGUCAAAGUUCUUCCUUGUUUAGGACAGUCGUUACUAUAUCAGAAUGUAUUCUGCUGAUAAACUUUACUAUGAGUAAAAAGAUGAUUAAAGAGUUAAGCCUUUUCUCGAAAUCGGAUAAAAAGUAAGUUAAUCUGAUUCUGAGAUAGACAUUUAUUAUGGAGAUAAUAAGUUGAUAGAGCUAAUGACUACUGAAUUCGCUGCUAAUAAAUAAGAGGAUGUGACCUUCAUUUUAUCAUGUAUGUCAUCUGCUAAAGAGGUUAAUCUCUAUGUUAUUGAUGGUGUUUAAACGAAAGUAUUUUGCUGCUACAAUGCAGCUCCUAUAGAAUGGUAGUAUCAACACUUAAGAAAAUUCUCUUUUUAAUUACAACCAACAUCUUUAUUAGAGUUGUCACAUAACAGAAUAGCAGUGGCUGUUGGAAGAGAGAUAGAAAUUAUUGAUGUCCAUUCAGAAACCAAAGGUAGAAUUCUUCUUGAAGGUCAUGAGGAAAGAAUUAGAUCACUCACAAUGAUGUCAAGAAAAACUAAGAUUGUAGCUAAGUCCAAGAGACUUGGAAGACAAGAAUUCAUGUAAAACACAGAUUUCCUAAUGUCUUCGGGUGAUGAUAUUGAAAUCAGAAUCUGGAAAAUCCCCCCACCUUUAAGUACAAAGAUACAAAGAAAAAUGAAGGAUGGAAUUGUAGAUGAUGUUAAUGAUAUAGAUUAUUGCGUCUUACAGAUGGCUCCAAAGCAUAAUGACAGUAUACAUUGCAUUUGCUACUUGCAUGAAUCUAUCGCAACUGCUUCAAAGGAUGGAAUGAUCAAAGUCUAUAACUUAGAAAUGAAAGUUAAAAAGCUAGAUAAGGAAAUGAAAUGA